GGCCGGAAACAGCUGUGGUCACGAAACGGGGGAACGAAAGCUUCCGCUGACGCUGUUCCGAGCCACGUGCGGGAGAGUACAGCGCUGAACCUUCACCAACCUUAUUGUUUGACUCUGCAUUUUCGAAUGAAUUGUUGAACUUUUUAACCGGCCUAGACAUUGAAGAAUCACCUCGUCAGAACAAAAUAACCGGGGAAUAGAGGAUUGAACGGCCGGCAGGCUAAAGCCGGGCCGCGACUUUUCUUUGUUCUCUUUCUCGACCUCUAAGACGAGUCGUCGCUGAGUGAGUGCAAAGUGUUGUGAUUAUCGUGUGAAAAUGUGUAAAGUAGAAAUGCUAAAAGCGUUGCUGAGUCAGCGACUCACUGCAGCCGUCGCAGAAGUUGUUGUCGUGUUUGAAAGAACGAUAGCAGAGUACGAGGAGGAACUUUCUCGGACGAAAGAGGAGAACGAGCGUCAACGUCAACUACUGGACGCCGUUUUAAUGCCUCAAGUUGUGUUACGCAAAACAGCCACACAAGCAACAGAGGACCUUAGUGGGAUCAGACCUGCAGAUGUCCAUGAUGACCAUCUUCCCCCCAAGCAGCAGGAGUGGCGCUCCGAGGUGGAGCCGGAGGAGCCAGAGCCCCCCCACAUGAAAGCGGAAGAAGAGAUGUCCGAGCCACCCCACGUUAAAGAGGAGGGAGAGCACCUUCUUGGCCUGGAGUUGCCGGGGACUGCCGUCCCUUUGAAGAGCGAAGAUGGCGAGGGCUCGCAGAUUCAUUCUAGUCAAAGUGAGGCGAACAGAGUUGCGGGGCCUACAAGCUGCAACUCCACUCAACACAUGUCAACAGAAGACGUCGAUGUCCACACGUCGUCGUCCCACUACCCUGAGACAUUUGCCUGUUCAGUCUUUGAAGGAUUCUAUCAGAAUGAGUAUUUGAUGGCAGAAAACACUCGAAACAACGCAUUUCCCUGCUCUGUUUGUGGUAAACGAUUCUCGCACAAGAAGAAUCUGACGCCACACAUGAGGACGCACACAGGGGAGAAACCUUUCAGCUGCUCAUUCUGCAGUCAAAGCUUCUCGCUCAAGGCCACGUUGACCACACACAUGAGGAGACACACAGGGGAGAAACCUUUCGCUUGUUCAGUCUGUGGGCGAAGGUUUUCUGCACGGGGGAAUUGGGUCACACACAGAAGAACACACACCGGUGAAAAACCCUUUUCCUGCUCAGUCUGCAACAAAGAUUUUAGUGCUCGUUCCGCAUUUGCCAGUCACAUGAAGAGACACACGGUGACGAGUAUUUAGCUCAGGGGUUUUCCAACUUUUUGGGCACAGGGACCCCUGAUAGGGGUGAAUUUUUUUAAGGAUCCCCUCAGCAUCCUAAUAUCAUUUAAAUAUAAUGACAUCUAAAUGCCAAAUGAAUCAAAAAGUUGCCUAUUUUCAAGAAAAAAAAUACACAAUUUUACUAUGACAAAUUCAUCCAUUUCUGAGAAUGGGUCACACACAUAAGAACCCCCGUCUCUCUAAGAGUAAAGAGUAAGAGUAAGUUACUCUCUAAGAGUAAAGGUGAUUUAUUUAUUUAUUUUUUCCCCAAAAAAGAAAAGUUGUAAUCUUAGCAGAACAAAGAUACAUUUUGUUUGGAUGAGCAGACGUACGUAAACUUGCGAGAAUAAAAUAAAAAAAAAAUUCCAGGGUAAAGUCAUAAUAUCAUGAUAGUAAAGUCAAAUUUUAAUGACGGAAGUGUGCCGCUCGAUAUAAGUAAAACUGACACAUUCAAUAAACUUGAUUGUGAUAAUAUAAUGCCCUUUGGAAAAGAUGCUUUUAUUCUAAAAAUUAAAAAAAAUAUGCCUUUUAUUCCCAAAAUAGGACUUUUUUCUUAAUAAUAUGCCUUUUGUUCUAAUAAUAAUAAUAUUUUUUUAUGCAUGCAGAAAUGUCAGGUUUAUGUGACAUUACAUCACAAUGAUAUCAAAGCUUUUCAUUGGCCCAAAGCUAAGGUAGGGUAUUUUUCAUAUUGGCGUGCGAGUACCCACAUGUUGGCAUCCACUUCUUCAAAUGAUUCAACAUAAUUUAUUUCGAAUUAUUUUAUGAGCACCCAAGCUACAGCUCACAGACUCCUGAAGAACACAUUUUGACCUGAUCUGGAUGAAAGGGCUCUGAUUUCGAAUGCACAUUACUGUAUAUUCAUAUUUAGCUAACUAAUUGGUCUCUUGAGAAGUUAAGUGGCAUUCAGUUAAAAUGUCGGUGGGUCUCAUAUUGGUUGUUCAUCUGUUUGUUUGUCUUGGGUAGCACGUUGGAUGAGUGGUUGGCAUGUCUGCCUGACAGUUCUGAGGUUUUGGUUUUGAAUCUCAGCUCCGGCCAUUCUGUGUGGAGCUUGCAUGUUCUCCCCAUGCCUGUGUGGCUUUUCACUCGGUAUUCCGGCUUAAUCCCACGUUCCAAAAACAGUCUUCUGAGGUUAAAGGGGCAUUAUCAGUUUUAAAACUCCGAGCAAAAUUUGAAUGUAGCUUCACUUCACUAAUCACCCGCCUCCACCCCACACAACACCUUCAGUUUCUGACAAAAGCCAUGCCCCUCACUUGCCCGAGGCGUACACUGUAUUAAUUGUGCACUGUAAACAAGCCGAUGUUGGACGUUAGUCGGAUAACUUAUUCGUAAUAAUGUUACUAUAACACUAAAUGUUAUCAGUUUAACAUUUUGUUUUGAAAUGUACAAUCAAUUACAAGUCAAGAAGAGGUGAUAAACUUACCUGUCAAGCAGGAAUGUCACUUUUUCUGCAGCCGUUUUGAAUCCUCUCAGCUGCCUGUGACCCCUCUGAGAGGCAGCUUGUGUGUUUACCUUGUUUUGUCUCACCAUCUGUCCCAAUUCCUUCUUUUUAACUCAUGUUGCUAACCAAAGGUGGAUAAUCCACGAUAGUUUCAGCGAAGCUCCUGAAGCCCAAGGAAAUAAGUUAGGGUAAGGCAGCAGGGGUGUGCUAGCAAGUGCAUGGCAAAUGAUUGACACGUCGUCGGUCACGCCUUCUGUCUCUGACUGCUCGUUUUUCCUCCGUUUUUUUUUCUUUUUUUCUGACUGCUCGUUUUUCCUCCGUUUUUUUUUUUUUUUCAAGAAUACAAUGUAUGUGCCAGUACUAGUCAAAAUAUGGUAUGAGCUUGGAAUAACAAUGUAAUUGAAUAAUUUAUCAACUCAAGAGAGUCGCCAUGUUCAGCGAAAUCGUCAUCAACUCUCGAUCGGAAGUGGCGUCUAAGUGCAAGGAGCACUUGGCACACUAUACAGUGCGCUAUACAACUACGUUGGCUGGCAGAUUUUGAGCGCAAUGGCUUCAAUCAUUCCAUCCAAAGCUGAGAAGAAAAUCUUGCAGCGGCCAUCAGAGGAACUAUAGUAAACAGUAAAAGCGUUGUACAUCAGCUUCAUGAUGAGAAAGAGAUUAGGCAGAAACAAAUCACGAUCGGCUCACAGCUCGAUAAGUAUGUAGUAUGUAGAUGAAGUUUAUGAUAAUGUUUUAUUAUGUAGCUUUUGUACAUGUAAUGAAAUCGAAUAUGUAGCAUGUCAUUGCGAAUAUUUAUUGUGGUUUGUAAAUAAAGUGGCCAGGAAUUGGUGAACAUGUCACGUUCUUGUGAAUUUGCACUCAUGCGAGCGUGAAAAAAUCUAAAAAUGGCUGCCCGCAUAAGCGACUAGAUGUGAUGUUUUAAACAUACAUUUAUUCGUUACAUUACAUUAUUUGUUCAUCUACUGCACUGGUGGCCCGGGGGCCAGAUCCGGCCUGGCAUGUCAUAUUAUGUGGCCCGCGAGAGUGUGCAUCGACUUUGUGUUUCUUAAAAAUACCAAAAUUGCAAACUGGCUUCACUUUUAAAAAUAUUGAGAUAUUGCAAGCAUUUUUUGUUACCAA